UUUAAGCUGUUUGAAGCUUUUCUCUUCUGGGCCUGGGCUCAGUGUCACUUCAGCAGAGAGACUUUCUCUGUAGAAAUUGGAUGCUGUCCUGCAUCCGGCCGCUUCCCACCUUACUUUUUCUUUACAUCAUUCGUGAGCACCUGGCAUAUGAUUGUCUGCCUCGAUCUCCAUCCUGCUUAGCUGAAGCCAUGCAAAGGCCUAAGAAGACGCUGAUCUCACGUUCAGGCCAGUGGCUUUGUGAAGAAAAGCCAAGCAAAGUGGAUUCAUUCUAUAAAGACAGUCUCCUCCAUGAUGACGUACGCAGAGGAGUCAGCGACUUCUGCCACUGGGCUGAGAACCUUGGAAGCUCGGCCAUUGAGGAAGAGUUCGUCCUGCAGCAGUUUGACAUCGGCUAUCAGACUAGACGCAGCUGUGAUACGCUUCUCAGGCUGAGGCUAAACCAGGACAAACUCUUCAUCAAUAGACCACCUUCCCUGCGAGAACACUGUGGACGCUGGAGCGAACCUCGGUCCUCUGGAAGAGCAAAUCCUCAGAAGCCGAAGCGGGUGAAGAUGAGGUACGGAGCCUGGUACCUGAACACCAGCUUGUGGAAGAGGCAAAGAGCGGAUGAACCUUUGGUCGACCCCAUGGUCUCACACAAAGCUCAAGAUUCAACCUUUAAAGAGCAGCUUCAGGAGCAGGGGGAACUGCUUGCAGGCCUGCAUGAGACAACAGCCUUUAAGGACUUCAUUCUAAGCAGGGGCUACAGGAUGCCCAGGUUCCUUGAGAAGAUAUAUGCGGAGGAGAAAAGUAAGUCUAAAAAUAUUAAGGCUCCUAAAAAACUCACGCAAACAGAGAGGAAUCCCGGGAGCAGAUGAGUCGGCUUUGAUUGACAGCAUCCUUGGAUACUGCCCCAUUAGUUUAAUUAAUAAGUAGAAUAUAGCAGUGCCCUCCAUGAAG